GGCGCCGGGCAGGGCAGGGCAGGCCCGGGAUUGCUCCGAGCGGUUGGACCCCGUCCGCCGCCGCAUGAACCGGGGGACCAUGCCUCAGCCCGGAUCGUGGCCGGGCGCGGGCUGCGCGGAGACGCCGGCGCGGGAGGCGGGGGCCGCGGCGCGGGCCGGCGGGCAGCCCCGGCCGGCGGUGCGGUGCCCGGCGGCGCGGUGCCCGGCGGAGCAUGAGGAGGACAUAUACCGUGCUGCAGAUGAAAUAGAAAAGGAGAAAGAAUUACUUAUUCAUGAAAGAGGGGCAUCAGAACUCAGAUUAAGCGUGGCUCCUGAGAUGGACAUCAUGGACUACUGUAAAAAGGAGUGGAGGGGAAACACUCAAAAAGCAAUAUGUAUGAAAAAGGGCUAUGAGGAAGUUUCUCAGAAGUUCACCUCCAUCAGGAGAGUCCGUGGUGAUAACUACUGUGCACUGAGGGCCACACUCUUCCAGGCUAUGAGCCAGCUGGCAGAGCUGCCCCCGUGGCUGCAGGACCCAGAGCUCACACUGUUACCCGAAAAACUGAUAAGGAAAUAUAGCUGGAUCAAGCAAUGGAAAUUUGGACUGCAAUUUGAUGGGAAGAGUGAGGACCUGGUUGAAAAAAUUAAGGAGUCCCUUAUCCUGCUAAGGACAAAGUGGGCAGGCCUGGCUGAAAUGAGAACUGCUGAAGCAAGGCAGAAAGCUUGUGACGAACUAUUCACAAAUGAAGAAGAAUAUAGCCUCUAUGAAGCUGUGAAAUUCCUAAUGCUAAAUAGAGCCAUUGAACUCUAUGAUGAUAAAGAGAAAGGAAAGGAAGUACCAUUUUUCUCUGUGCUUCUGUUUGCUCGGGAUACAUCGAAUGACCCUGGACAGCUGCUGAGGAACCAUCUGAACCAGGUGGGCCACACUGGUGGCCUUGAACAGGUUGAAAUGUUCCUUCUUGCCUAUGCUGUUCGCCACACUAUCCAGGUAUAUCGACUGUCCAAGUACAACACUGAAGAGUUCAUCACAGUGUACCCCACCGAUGCACCCCAGGACUGGCCAGUGGUCACCCUCAUUGCCGAGGAUGACCGGCAUUAUAAUGUCCCUGUCAGAGUUUGUGAGGAGACGAGUCUGUGAGAGAGACAUCACCUGGACAGCCUCGUGACAUGGCAGGGCACACAGGCAGCUCCUUGCUGAGGGCCUUAGACCUGCCGGUGUUGGAAAACAACCUGUGAGAAUCCCUGAGCUCCUGGGGGCCAGGUUGGACUGGGGUGUUCUGAAGACUACCUUUUGAUAGUAAUAAUUAACUAAGUCUAUCCCCUGGUGUGCCACAUGGUGUGUUUCACUGGGGGCCAUCAGAGCAUAUCUAUUAGAAGGUGCAAGCUACAGUUCCACAAGUCAAAGAUUUUUGUAUCAGUGGACACCACUUUUGGAUAUGUUCAUGUCUUGAAUCAAAAUUCUCUCUAAUGCUAAAAUGGCUUUUAAUUUGUUUUGUAAAAGCAGUAAUCUUUUGGUGGUGGUGAUGGGUGUCUCUACCAGUCUUCUACGUGAUCUGUUUCAGUGGUAGAGUUCUGAGAUGGAUGUGUUGAUAGCAUAUUCAGGGCAUCUUCUGAUUGUCUCAUCAGAGCAAUAAUUUGGAUUUAGAUAUUAAUACCAUCUUAGGCAGAUUGUCUCUGAGAAGAUGAAGAGUUGGUUCCUCAGGUAGGUUCUUCGAAGGCUGGAGAUGCUGCAUGAGGGAACAGCAGAGGAUCCCAGGCCUUCCUGCUCUGUGUGACCGUGACAUGGGUUGGUUUGGUUGGUGAUGCCUUGUCAACUUGGAGGAGCUGCUCACAAAUGUGUCAGAGUUGAUACUUACUCAAAGGCCCCAAAGAGACACAAGCUUAGUUAGAAAAGAGUGUGUAUCCACCUGUGAUUUUAGAGCUGGAGUCCAAGGCCAAAUGAGCUUAGUCACUACUCUCAGCUGAGAGUUGGAGCUGAGCCCCCCAGUCUUCCUGUGCCCUUUUCACCCGGUGUUGCAUAUGUGUGCAACUUAACCUGGUGAUAGGGUGAUUAACAGCAGACUGUCUAGACUCUUCCUGAAUAAGUUGAAGUGGGAGUAUGUAGUAAACACAGUACAGAAGCUGUUGUGCUCCUAAUUUGGCUUGAGAAGCCUGAAAGAGACAGCCAACCAGGCCAUAAGCACUUGCCUGCAUAGCACAGGGCAGUGUGGUGACUGGGUUAGUAGUGGGCAGUUGUGCUAAGCCUGGUCUGCCUUAGGGCUAGUGUUGUUCUUCAGGGACAUGGACUUGGUCAUUGUUCAUGAGAACCGGACACAUCACUCUUAAGAUUCUGUCAGCAGAACCAGCAUUAGCUCAGCUCUGUAGAGCUGAUGUUUCCUUGAAGUACUGAGUCUGUUUUAUAUAAUUAAAAUAUUGGAUCCAAUUUAAAACACCCAAGCUUAUCGUUUAUAAGCUGUGUAACCUAUUUAGGGGAAGGGACAAACCUUUGAAAAUUUAUGUUUGCUUUUAAUUAAAACUUAUGCCUUAGUGAAGAGAACUCAAGAUGCAGAACUAUUCAGACUGUUACAUUAGUAUUUCUCCCAUUACCUCAUCAGUAAUGUCUGCCACAUUCUGCUAGAUGUUUAUUGGUCACAGUGUUAGAAUCAAAUCCUGCUCUAAUUGUGUGCACAUACAUUAGAGAGGCUUUGUGUUUUUCACUGAGAAAUACCAUGGUGCCUGGAAACCAAAUUAAAGUACUGCUAGAGAUUU